AUGCUGACCCUCUUUCCAUCCUUUUGGGGCUUGGUGAACUCGGCGUGGAACCUCUGCUCCGUGGGUAAGCGGCAGUCUCCGGUCAACAUUGAGACCAGCCACAUGAUCUUUGACCCCUUCCUGAAGCCCAUCAAGCUGAACACCGGCGGCCGCAAGGUAAGACCGGCACGAUCCGUCUGUGGCGUUUGUGGUGAGCUGACUUUUGCGAUGUUUGGUUUCCGAGUCCGCCACAUCCUCCAAGGUCCAGUGCGAGGGUCAGGGCCGCUCAGAGAAGCACAGAAGAAGAGCCGUCUCUCGCACACCUGA